AAAUUUCUGUCACGAGAUGACACUACUGAUCAAACACGUGUUUAUUGAUUCAUUUUUUGUUGUUGAUAUUUGUUUCAAAAAUCAAUAAAAUGUUUGGUUCAAAUUAUCGAAGAAUAAAAAGUUUAUCACAAAUUCCAACCCGUUUUAGAAGCAAUAAUCAUUUUUUUAAAGGUAAAAAUAAAGUCUAUAAUACUGAACUGGCAUUACGUCAUUUUGAUAGUUUUUAUUCAAAAAUUUACGGAAAUCAAUGGCAAUCAAUACGUUUAGGACUACUGUCACCGAAAAAAUAUGCAGCUAUUGUGAACAACUUUGUUGAUUUUGAAUCAAUUGAGAUUGAAUUACGUCAACUUGGUGCAUAUAAUCUACGAUAUAUUUAUGAUAAAAAUUUACGAAAAAUUGUUAAACAAUUGAAACAAGAUGAAUUUAUUAAAUCUAGAAAUGUAAUGGCAGUUAAUAAUAGUAAUCAUAAUGAAUCGAUUGUCAUGCCAUCUGAAUUGGAAUAUACAGAAUCUGAAACUGAAAACAUUGAAGCUUUUUUCACUGAUGUACAAGAAUCUGAAUUGGAACAUAACCAGGCAUCGAUGCAUUUGGAUCUAAGUGAAUUUGUGCCUGUAACUGAAUUAAAAUAUCGUGAAGAAGUAAUUGAUGAUCACGAAUAUUUUCAAUUCUAUGACAUGAAUCAUGAAUUACAUAUUGAUCGUGUCCAGCAAAAUGAGCUGGAAAUGCCAGUUUUAUUGAACCUUUAUGUAUUUCGUCGAAACGAUUUUACACAGUUUCCUGCAGCACGUUUGUGUGAAAGUAAUUUAUUCAAUUAUUAUCUAAUUGAUGGUUCAUCAGCAUUGCCGGUUCUAAUCAUGGAUAUUAAACAAGGAGAUUUCGUUGCUGACUUUUGUGCCGCGCCCGGUGGUAAAUCAUUGUUAAUGUAUCUACAGUUGAAAAAUUGUCGAUUGUUUCUAAAUGAAAUGUCCGAAUCAAGAUUUGAUCGACUAAAAAAUGUUUUCCGAUCAUUCAUACCGAAAGAUAAAAUCAAAGAUUCCAUCAUAUUCAGUCAUUCGGAUGCCAAUCAUUUACGGCAAUAUGAUAGAUUUGAUAAAAUUCUAGUCGAUGUGCCAUGUACAAAUGAUCGUCAUGCAAUCUAUGUAAAUGAAAACAAUAUUUUCUCAACAAGACGUAUGAAUGAAAGAAUACUUAUUCCAAAUAAACAAUUGGAUAUUCUAUGUGAAGCACUUAAAUCGGUUAAAAUUGGCGGCACUGUUGUUUAUUCUACUUGUAGUUUGUCACCAAUACAAAAUGAUGGUGUUGUACAUAUGGCACUCAAACGACUACAACAACAACAACCAAUGUUAGAAUUUUCCAUAGUUGAUCUAAAAGAAUCAUUGCGACCAUUUCGUACAAUGUUUCAAUUUGAUUUUCAAUUCAAAUACGGUACACAAGUAUUGCCAAAUAUUUGUACAAAUUUUGGUCCAAUGUAUUUUUGUAAAAUUGUACGCAAAGCAUAAUAAUUAAUAAAUACAUAAAUAAAUUUUAUCAUCAUUAAACAAGAAUUUU